AUGGAUGUGGCAGGGAGGGGCCGGCAGGGUAAGCAGAGGAAGGGGCGCGUCUGCAGCCUCUCGCCUGGGCCAUGCCGGGCCGCUGGGACCCUGACCUCCAUGGUAGACACGGACACCCAGCCUUACAGGAGGCUCUCUGGUGUGGCAGUGGGGAGACUGAGGCUCUCCCCGCAAGGGCAGAGGGGUCGCCCUCACUCUCGGCGCCGCCACCGCACCAGCUUCAGCCCAGUGCAGUUGGAACAGCUGGAGUCGGCCUUUGGGAGGAGCCAGUACCCUGACAUCUGGGCCCGAGAGAGUCUCGCCCGGGACACCGGCCUCAGCGAGGCCAGAAUCCAGGUCUGGUUCCAGAAUCGCAGAGCCAAGCAAAGGAAGCAAGAGCGGUCGCUGCUCCAGCCGCUGGCCCGCCUGCCUCCCGCCUCCUUUCCCGGUUUCUCACCCGAGGCCCCCGCUCACCCCCGCUCUUACACAACACCAGCAACACCACCUGCCGUGGCCUGCCUCCCGCACUCCUACAGCCACGCUCUGCCCUCGCAGGCCUCCCCAGGCCCGUUCGCCCUGCCACACCAGUCUGAGGACUGGUACCCUACCUUGCACCCGGGCCCCGCGGGUCAUCUGCCCUGCCCCCAGCCCCCACCCAUGCUUCCCCUCAGCUUCGAGCCACCAAAGUCCUGGAACUAA